CGUAUCAAGGUCGCGAUCGUCGUCACCCGAGCCUGCCUUUGACUCGGACUAGAACCGCUAGGACCGCCUUAUAACCAACCAUCGCUGUCAUCAUACUCGCGCUGUUACGCACAUACUGUAAAUAUCCAACAUGUCGAUCAAGGACGAGUUUGCCACAAGAAACUUCAGCAUCUACGGACAAUGGUUGGGAAUUCUGUCCAUGAUUCUAUGCUUUGCGCUGGGCAUCGCCAACUUCUUUAACCUCUUCCACUUCCUCCUCAUCAUCUUCGCCAUUAUCUGUCUGAUAUCGUCCUUCGUCAUCCUAUUUCUGGAGGUGCCUCUCCUCUUGCGAAUCUGCCCUACCUCGUCCUCCUUCGAUGCUGCGAUCCGCAAGAUCUCGUCUAACUACACGCGCGCCGCUGCUUAUCUGAUCAUGGCCGUCAUUCAGUACCUAAGCAUUAUCAUCACGCCCAGCAGCCUCAUCGCUGCUGCCGUUGUUCUCACAUUGACCAGCAUCUGUUACGCCCUCGCCGGUCUCAAGGGCCAGGCUUUUGUGGGAAGCAAGACUCUGGGUGGUCAAGGUGUUGCUCAAAUGAUUAUAUAAUCUACAGAUUUCCUGCCAUCCAUCCGGGCUGCUGGAAGUGCAAGACUCCAUCGAGACAAGGGUAUUGGCGGUAGUACGCUUGAAGAACAUGGCCUUUGG